GUCGAUAGUAUAAUGUUUCAUUUAAAGUUGUGCUUCGGCUUAUUGUUGCUUUAUACCAUAAACGGGUCGAAAUUGCAGUACAAUGAUUUAAAAGAUUAUUUCAAACAAAGAAGGCAACUAAUUAAAAAAACCGAAAGCGAUAGCAUUGGGGCAAAACUGAAUUUAACCAGUGAAGAGGAAAUUGUUAAUAAUUUAUUGAUGUUGUGGAAGAAUCAGGCGUUCGAGGAAGGUAUGAGGCAGCCCGAGAAGUUUUUAGCAGGGCGACAUUUCUUCGAUGUUAAAGCUGAAAUAGAGAAAACUCAAAUAUUUAAAUUUAUACAAAAGUUGCCUAAAGGGGCCUCGUUGCAUUCGCACGACACUGCUCUAGUUUGUAGCGAGUAUAUUUUUGAAAAUAUCACUUUUCGUGAUAAUCUCUAUGCGAAAAAUGGCUCAGAGAUCGCCUUACAAUUCAGCAAAACCCCUCCGGAUAGUUCUUGGAAGCCCAUAUCCUGGUUCAGACAGAACGACAAUAGUUUUGAUCAACGCUUAAAACAGCAAAUAACUCUGUUCAGAACGGAUCCUGAAGUUUUCUAUAUUCAAACCAAUAUUUGGAGUGUGUUUGAGAGUCUUUUCACAACUUUAACUCCGCUUUUGACUUUCGAGCCAGUGUUUAGGGAUUAUUAUUAUCAGGCCCUCAAAGAACUCUACGAAGACAACAUCAAAUACCUCGAACUCAGAGGCAUUCUACCAACCCUCUAUGACCUAGAAGGCCGCACAUAUGGCUACGAAUACCUCAUCAAAAUCUACUACGAAACAACUCAACAGUUCAUCAAAGAUUAUCCAGAUUUCUGGGGCGUCAAAUUCAUUUUCGCCCCGCACCGAGUCACCAACAACACCGAAAUCGAAGACCACAUGAAUUUCAUCGUGGCAAUGAACCGAAAAUAUCCGAAUUUCAUCGCCGGAUUUGAUUUGGUUGGACAAGAAGACACCGGAACUCCAUUGAAAUCGUACAUUCCCGCUUUGCUGGAAAUGAAACGAGCUACGAACCUAUUUUUCCAUGCUGGUGAAACUUUGUGGAACGGAGCCAGGAUCGAUGAAAAUUUAAUUGAUGCUGUUUUAUUGAACACUAGCCGGAUUGGACAUGGAUAUGCUGUUCUGAAGCAUCCAGAAGUUAUGAAGAUUGUCAAAGAACGGGGAAUUGCUUUGGAGAUUUGUCCAAUUUCAAACCAGGUUUUAGGUUUGGUUCGUGAUCUCAGAAAUCAUCCAGCCAAUUACCUGAUUGCUCACAAUUAUCCAGUAGUGAUAGCUCCCGAUGAUCCAAGCUUUUGGGGUGCCAAGGCUCUGAGCUACGAUUGGUACAUGGCCUUCAUGGGCAUGUCGAGUAAACACUCAGAUUUGAGGCUUUUGAAGCAAUUAGCAAUCAAUUCAAUAGUCUACAGCAGCAUGGAGGAAGAUUUGAAAAAUGAAUCUUUAAAAAAGUGGACUCAAGAUUGGGAACAGUUUAUUAAAAAUGUAAUUUUUAAUUAAAAAAUAAAGUAUUACAUGUUUUAAAUU